AUGCAGAACAGAUCAGGAUACUGCAGUUUUUGUUGUGUAUUCUAUAAUAACCUGGAGCAGCAUAUAUCCAGUGACCAUCACAGAUCCUUGAUCACACAGAAAAGACAACGGAUGGGUGCUGCUAGUUUGAUGGAACGUUUCUUGCAGGAUGUACUGCAGCACCACUCAUGUGAUUAUCAAGAAAGCAGAUCAGUGCAAAAUGAGAGACUUCAUAUGACUACUGUGUCACCUUCAGAAGUGGUUCCUAAUGAUGAUUUUAGUCCUGAAAUAAAGACCGAGGAUGCUGCUGGAGUCAGAGAAGAGAUAUCUACCAAGGCAUCUGAACCUGUUGAAAAGUUUUAUUCUAGGCCUCAGGGAUAUAUACAUAGUGUUUCAGAUCGACCAUCAGUUAUUCAAAAACUGGAGAAAGGACAACAGCAUCCCUUGGAGUUCAUUCAUAAAGUUGGGAGCAGUAUGAAAGAGUUUAAUCCAGUUGGUCUUGGUCACAGUACAAAUAACAGACAAAGUGUAAUCUGUUCAUCAGCGAUUUCUAAUGCUCUUGUUAGUUGUUUACCUGAAAGUUCUCAUGAAAGACCAGUUACAGCUGACACUCCUACUGGUUUAUCACUUGGAGUCCAUUUGGAUUCAGUUAACAAAUGUGACCCAAACAAAGUUGACAGAUACCUUAAACAGCUAGACAAGGGCUCUAGAAACCCUAUGCUACCAUCCCAUCCAGAAACUUCUUCAGUUCCAUAUCAGAAACCUGAGGAGUUAAACAGAAAAUCGUUACGUAUAAAUUCAGAUAAGUUGACCUUACAGGAAGAUGUAAAUUCUCAGACUGAAGCUUUGUCAACUGGCUUUAAAGUCCAUGAAUUUGCGGGUACUGAAAACUCUUUAAAAUUGGAAUCUCUUUCUAAAUUUGCAGUAAGUCCAGUAGUCAACCUGAAUAAAACUGACAUGCCUUCUAAUAAAGGAAUCUUUGAAGAUGACAUUCUAAAGCACCAUGAGAAAUUCUUUCCUAAUAUGGAUCAUAACCAGGAAGGAAAGCAUUUGGUUUUUAACAAGUCAGCCUUUUUGGAACAGAAGAUCUCAGUGAGUUCUGAAAUGAAGUCUGCUGGUGGCUCUCUUCAGUCAGCAUCUGAUCACUGUGAAGAGGCUGAGCCGGACCUUUGGAAGGGGGAGCAAACUGACCAAGAAGAUAAGAACCGUGAAUCAAGAGAUUCUGAAAUAAGUUUUCAUGGCACUUCCUCUUUUUAUUCACUGAUGGAGGACCAAUCCCAAGGGACUGCUGAGGAAAUUAACCUUUCAAAGGAAGUACAUACUGGUUUGCAAUAUAAGAAUAAUACAUCUUAUAUUUCUGAAAUAAGCUCUGAUUGUGAUGACUCCCUUCAGUUGACUACCAGCAGAACUCAAGUGGAAGAUGGAAGUGUUCAGAAGGCAAGGCAUAUUAGGCUGGUUGAUGAAAGCUAUGAAUCCAGUGAUUCUGAGAUGAAUUUUGAUUGUGAUGCCUCACUUCAGUCAACUGAUGACUUCCCCCAACAGCCUGAGAAAGAAGUAAACCUUCCUAAGGGGGCGCUCGUUGGCUUGGUUGAUAUGAGCUAUGGAUCUAGUAGCUCUGAGAUAAGUGCUGAUUCUGUUUUCUCGCUUCAGUCAAUGCCUGGCCAAUUCCCAGUGACCAUCACAGAAAGAGAACUUCAGAAGGAGGUUCACAUGAGCUUGGUUGAUAAGGACUAUGGAUCGAGUUGUUCUGAAACAAGUUUUGAUGGUGACAUUUCUCUUCAGUCAGUCUUUGACCAUCCUCACGCGGCUGUCAGUGAAGGGAACCUGGAGGAUAGGCUUGUCUCUCUGAAAGACAGGAAUUAUAAACCCAGUAGUGCUAAAGCAUGUCUUGACUGUGAUGUCUCUCUUGAGACUGGGUCUGAUGGACUUCAGGAGGAUGUUGAAAAUAUCAAUCUUCAGAAAGAAAAGAAUGGCUUUGUGGAUAUGAAUCGUGAAUUUCAUGGUCCUGAGAUAAAGUUUCAUCUGAUGAAAACAGAUCCUCAGUUAGUGCCUGCCCAAUCUCAAGUAGCAGUUAAAGAGGUGAAUGCUCAGGAAAUAGCUAUUGACCUGGAGAAUAAGAGUGUUAAGUCUGGCAUUUCUGAUCUCAGUUUUGAAUCUCACCCUAUAGGUGCUUGUGGUGAAAUAAAUAUGAAAGCAUUAAACGUUGACACGGACGUUAAGAGCUAUGGAUGUUCCAGUUUUGAGUCCACUUUUGACUCUGAUUCUUCUUUUAUGUCAGUUUCUAAGAAUCCUGAGCUGGAUGUUGAAGAAAUAAAUAAGAAGCAUGUUAACCUGGAAGAUGAGAGCUUUGAAUCAAUUAGUUCUGAAAUAACUUUUUAUUCUGAUAGUCCUCUUCACUCAGUAGUUGACCAAUCUCAAGUAACUGUUUAUGAGGAGGAUCCUAUUGAUCUGGAAAAUAAGAGUUGUGAAUCUUAUGUUUCUGAAAUAACUUUUGAUUCUGAUGUGCCUCUUUAUUCAGGGACUUAUCAACCUGAAGUAGUGGUUAAAGAAACAUUCAUUCAGAAAGAAGCGUGUACACACUUAGGAGAGAAGGAUGAUGUGCCCGGCGGUUCUGAAAUAAGUUUGACUUCUUAUAUCCCUUUUCACUCAGUGAUCAACCAGCCAGAAGAAGCUAUUAAAAACCUAAAUCCUCAAAAAGAAGAGUGGGUACACUUAGAAAAUAAGGAAAAUGAAUCUAGUGAUUCUGAAGUUUUUGAUUAUGAUAUUUUUCGUUCAAUGACUGGACAUUCUGAAGAGCCAAUUAAAGAAAGAACCCUUCAGAAAAGGGAGAAUAUACACUUAGAAAAUAAGGAUAAAAUACCUAUUGUUUCUGAAAACAGUUUGAAAUCUGGUAUUACUUUUCAUUUACUGACUGGUCAUCUUUCCAUAGCUAUUAAAGAAAUAAACCAAAAAGAAGAACGUGUAAAUUUAACAGAUAAGAAUAAUGAGUUAAAAGUUUCUGAAGCAAGUUUGGAUACUGAAAGCCUUCUUCAGUCAGUAACUCAUAAACCGGAAGUGAUUGUGAAAGAACUAGGGCUUCAAAAAGAAAAGCAAGCUAAGUUAAAAGGUCAAAGUGCUGAAUAUAGUGAUUCUGAAAUAAGUUUAGAUUCUGAUUAUUCAAUGACUGAACCUCAAAUAACUGUUAAAGAAGUAAGUGUUCAGAAAGAAGAAUAUGUUGUUCUAGAGAACAAGAGUGGUAAAUGUAAUAGUUCUGAAAUAAUUUUGGACUCUGGUGUCCCUCUUCAGUCAAUGAAUGAAAAACCUCAAACAACUGUUUUGAAGGAGGACCAUGUUGACCCAGAAGAUGAAAGUACUGGACCCAGAGGCUUUGAAAAAAAAUUGAAUACUAGUAACUCUCUUCAUUCAGUCAUUGACCAACCUCAACUAGCCCUUUUUAAGGAAAAACAUGUUCAUUUGGAAGAUACAAACAGUGAAUCUAGUGAUGGUAAAGUAGAUUUUGAUUCUGCUGACCCUCUUCAGCCAUUGACCGAACAAUUUCAGGAAGUGGCUGAAGAAACAAAUGUGCAGAAAGAAGAGGAUAUGAGCCUGAAGAAUAAAGUUGACGAACCUAAUGAUUAUAAAUUAAUACAUAAUUCUGAUGUUUCUCUUCCAUCUGUGUCCAGUCAACCUAAAGUGGCUGUUAAACGAAUAAACCUCAAGAAUGAAAAUCAUGUGUACUUGAAAGAUAAGAACAGGCAAGAUAGUGGUUUUGCAAAGAGUUUGAAUUCUGAUCUCAUGGAUCAGUCAGUAGUUGAUCAUCCUCAGAUAACUAUUUUGGAGCAAAAGCAUACUGAACUAGAAGAUAAGCACAAUCAAUCUUCUGGUUCUGAAGUAAGUUUUAAUUCUGAUGACCCCCUUCAAUCAGUGACCAACCGGCUUAGACAAACUGUUAAGGAAAUAAGCCCUUGGAGGGAUGAAGUUGACGUAGUUGACGUGGAAGAUAAGAGAGAUGAACCUAAGCAUUUUGAGAUUGUAUCUGACUCUGAUUCCCGUUUUCAGUCAGUGGCUGGCCAAACUGAAGUUGUUAAGAAGGUAAAUCUUCUGAAGGAGCAUGUUGACUUGGAAGAUAAGGUCGUCAAACCUAGUGAUUCAAAAAUAAAGUUUGUUUCUGAUGAACCUCUUCAAUCUGCGGUUAAUGAAGUUCAAGAGGCUGUUACAGAAAUGAAUCUUCUGAGGGAGGGACCUGUUUGUCUGAGUGCUAAGAGCUAUGAACCUAUUGAUUCUGAAAUCAUUUUUGUUUCAAAUACCCCUCUCCAAUCAGUGGUUGAGCCACACCACGAUUUGGAAGAGCAGCAAGCCAAUUUGGAAGAUAAAAGCAAUGACCCUUGUGGUCCUAAGAUAAAUUUUGUUUCUGAAUAUCCUCUUCAGUCAGUGACUGGCCAGCAUCAAAAAAAAGCUGCUAAAGAAGUAGGUCUUUGGGAGGAAGACCAUAUUUACCUGGAAGAUAAGAGAUACAAACUAGGUGAUUUUGAAGUAAGUUAUGAUUCUAAUGUUGACUUUGUAGCUGGUCAUUCUACUGUGGUUGUCAAAGAAAUAAACUUGCAAGAGGAGGAUCAGAAUGACCUAGAAAAUAAGAACUGUGAACUUAGUGUUUCUGAAAUAAAAUGUGAUUCUGGUGUUCAUCUUCAGUUAGGAGUUGACCAACCUCAAGUGGUUUGCAAAGAAAUAAAUCUUCAGAUGGAAAAGCAUCUGGGCAUGGAAGAAGAGGUUAGUGAACCUAGGGAUUCUGAAAUAAUGUGUGAUUCUGAUGUUCCUCUGCAAAUAGUGAUAAACGAACUUGAAGAGUCAGACAGAGAAACAGAUAAGAUGCUGUUUGUGGACCUGACAGCAAGUGAUAAUGACUGUGAAAUGAUUUCAGAUUCUGAUGUCCCUUUUCAGCCAGCGAUUGAUUCACCUCAAAGGACUGUCAAAGAAAUCAGCUGUAUAAAUGCAGAAAGUUUUGACCUAGAUGAGAACUGUGACUCUUGUGAUUCUGAACUAAGAUAUGUUUGUGAGGCCUCUCCUCAGUCAGUGACAAACCAUUCCAAAAAGGUCUUCAAAGUAGUAAAGCAAAAGCAAGACUAUAUUAUUCUGGAAGAGACAAGCUAUGAACCUUCUGUUUCUGAACUGAGUUUUCAAAUUGAUUCCUCUCAUCAGUCCAUGACUUACCAGUCACAAGAAUCUGAAAAGAAAAAGGCAAAAUAUAGUGACCCCAAAGAUAAGAGCUGUCAAUCUAGUGGUCCUAAAAGAAAUUUUGAGUGGGAGGAGACUUCUCAGCCAGUAACUCAGCAGCAGGAGCAGGUUGACAAAGGAGUCAACCCAUGGAAAGACGUAGAAAAUAUUGGCCUAAAAGAUAAGAACUGUGAAUCUGGUGUUUCCGCAAUGGAUUUCAAUGCAUCUCCUGGAUUGGUGAUCCAUCAAAUGCCUGAUCAAGAAAACCUUUUGAAGUUAAAACAUACUGAUCUAGGAAGUAUGAUCUGUGAACCUUGUGGUUCUGGGGUGAAUUUUCAAUGUGAUCCUUCUCUCCAGUCUGGCAGUGACCGGCCUCAAGAAGCUAUUAAUAAGAUCAGCCUAUUUAAGAAGAUUUCUUUUGACCUGAGAGAAACAAACCAUAAUAAUUCCCAUUCAGACUCUGUUCCCAUGGUUGAUUCUAUAAGGAAUUUGGAAAAAGCAAAGGAGGUCAUAGAAGAUGAUCUUCAUGAACUACUUCCUGAAGACUUGCCUCCCGUCCCUCCUUCAUUUGCGGGGAAAACGUGGUCUCAGAUAAUGAAAGAAGAUGAUGUGCAAAUGAGUGCUCUUGUGAAGGAAUUUAAGGAAGGUCAUUUGUACUGUUACUUUGUUAGCGACUCUGAGAUGAGAAAAAUUAAAAAAAAUUUUUUGAAUGAAGAAAAAAAGAUGGCCUGUACUGACCUCAAUCAGGACACCACAUCAAUUCAAGUUCUCUCAGAUUGUGAUGGUAAUGUGGGUGGUAUUUCAGAUAUUGAUGACUUUUCAGUGGCUUUCGAUAAACCCAAUCAUUAUCCUUCAACAGAGAGGAAUCAUGAGCAAACACGGCGAGAGGCCUCUCAAGGCCAGGCUAUGAAAGUGAGCCAUGGAACUCAAACCAGUCUCACAAGUCACCCAGGGACGAAAAGAAGAAUCAGUGGGCAAGAGAAAGACUCUCCAGUAAGGAAGCGUCUGCUUUUACAAGACGACAGGAAGACAAGAGAGAAAGUUAAAGAAAACGAAUUUCCCGAAUCAGGUAUUAGUGUUUUGAAGCCUUUGCAAGCAAAUACCUUAAUUUAUAUUCUUUCUUCAAAUAUUAAGUUGAAGAAAGGUGAAUCCAACAGCUUCUCUAAAAGGAAGCACUGUAGUAGAAAUAAUUGGAAUAUUAACAUACAGUACAAAUUUAACCAGAGUUCCUUUAAUUGUUACAACCCAUUGAAUAAGCAGAUUGUAAUUGAUCCUUCUCUGAACAUAGAAGUACCAGGGUCUGACAGGAAUAAUUGUGUUGAAAUGCAUGUUAGCCACUUAAAUUCUAAUGCAGAAGAUAAUGAUCCUUAUGUACAAAGCUCUGCUUCAGUACCUUUUGUGACAGUGUCAGUAGGACAUGAACUAAAGUCACAGGAGGCCAGUGAAUCUUCGGUGUUUCCAGAAAAAUCCAGGAUUUUCAGUUCUAGUGAAAUUUCAAAAGAAAGUAAUUUCCAGUCAACUUUUUCAAGUCGUGAUGUUGCCAAAACUUCAUCGAAAUCAUUUAGAAAAAAGUUUUUGAAAAGUAAAAGCAAAAAUCAGAGAAGGAAGGUAACAGCUAAUAAUAAGCCAGAUUUUCCCAAAAAAGGUUGUAGAUCAGUUAUUCCCCAGCAAAAUAACAGAAUUGCUUCAGAAAAACGGUCGAUUUGGAUUCAGAGCAAACUAAGUGAUAUAAUUAAAAAGUAUAUUCCAAAAUACUCUGUUUUUUUGCGUCACAAAUAUCAGUGCAGGAGCACUUUUGUUAGGAUGCAUGUUAAGAAGAAAAAACCUGAUGUUAGUAGGUUAAAGAAGGCGAAGAAACCAGCUAAUAUGUUGUCAAACUCCUCAGUUCUGUCAGCAGGAGCUGAAGAGCAGUCACGAGCUAUAGCAAGCUCUUCUCCUAAGCAACCUGUGCAGACAUCUUCCAGUGUUGCACGAAGUAAGAAGAAUGGUAAUAAAAAACACCCUAGAAGACAACAGAGAAAGCCUUAUAGACCUAUUAGGACAUAUCAUUUGAGAAGUUUGUUUUCUGGUGUACCAUAUUCAGAUAGAAUAAAGACUCGAUUCUCUAACAAAUUAUGA